UUAGAUAAAUUUCGUUUUCUUUGAAGUGUUUAUUUUCAAUAUGUUUUUAAAAUCUUUUUCAUAUGUGCAUAUAUUUAUGCAUAUGUGUAAACAUUAAUGCAAACACAAUGUUAAGCAUACUUAUAUAUUUAAGAUAGACGAAAAGAGGUACUUUUUUUUGCUAAAGGCAAAGAAGUUGCUAUCGGAUUUGUUAUGCUUACAUUGAUGAACUCCGUUUUUUAAAAAUUCACGACAACAAAGCAUAUUUUGAUAUAAAUUUGUUUUAAUGUAGUCAAAACAUCAGUAAAUAUGACGUGUAUAAACGCGACGUUUUUGAACACGACGUGUAACUCAACGAAUAAUAAUAUGACAUCGAGUAUAUCUUGUCAAAUUUCAAAGGUGUCGAUUCAAAUUUAUUUGUAUACGUUAUUAAUGGUGAUCGUAUUACUAACAAGUUUUGUUGGCAACUCACUUGUUGUUGUCGCUGCUCUUAUGUCAAGACAACUGAGAAGCAAAAUAUCAACGAGUUUUGUUGUAAGUUUGGCAUUUUCAGACUUAACUCUCUCCGUCACUCAAAUACCUUUUAAAAUUUUGACACAAAAUUUUUGCUUUGGCAAUGAACUUUGUUAUUUCUAUAUUGUAUUUGAUGUAAUUGGUAACGUAGCAAGUAUUCUCAGCCUCCUACUAAUUGCAGUUGACAGAUUUGUAGCCAUUACUAUGCCUUUUCGCUACCCUAAGAUUAUAAAUAAGUUAAGGGGAAGAGUAUUGAUUGUCACUGUGUGGACGUUCGCUAUUGCUUGGAGCUUUCUUGCGAUACCAAAUUGGAGCAGUCAUUCAAGAGGAAGCAACAUAAGAAAAAACGAAAAAUUUAAUACAUGCAGUAAUGAAAAUUACGCUUUCUACUUAACCUCCUAUUUUGGAGUAUAUGUUCCAUCGCUAAUUUUAAUGACUUGUAUUUAUCUAAAAAUAUUACAUGUAGUUGUCAGACAUAUAAAAGCUAUUGAUGCCACAACGCCUAAAUACAAUAUGUCUCAUUUGAUUAAAGAUAGCAAAGCAAAUAAAUGUGAAAAAAGCAAGUUUAGUCGUGAGCUUAAGGCAACAAAAUCAUUAGCUUUCGUUUAUUUAGCUUUUGUUAUUUGUUGGUUUCCUUCAUGCAUUAUAAACAUUAUUAUUUUUAUUAAUAACAAAUACUUUCCUGAACUUAAAAAGCAGAAUCUUUUGUUUGUCAAUAUUUUAUAUUAUGCAUUUGUGGACAUACUUCCUAUAAUAAACACAAUGGUAAAUCCUUUCAUUUAUAGCUUUUCUAACAAGUUAUUCUUAGAAGCAUUUAAGAGAGUAAUAUAUAAGGGAACUGGCGGAUUUAUAUUUUCAAGUAAAACAUCAUUCCAAAAAUCAAAUAUCAGUCCAUUAAAUUCUAAAUGUCAAAAGAUUUAACAAGUGUUGUUUUGUUAGAAAUCAAAGUUAUAUGGGUAUGGAAUACAUGCAGGUUUAAAAGGUACCAUGCACAUUAAAUAUUUUAUCGCAACAACGCGUCAUUUAAAAAAUGCAAUAUUUUUUUAAUUUAAUAUUCAGUGCCGUAUAUGGCCGUAAUUGAAUUUCCAAAUGGCAAGAGAUUACUUAGAGGUUUAAAGACACUCAUAAGUAUAAAAAUUUUAAAAGUUUGAGUUUAUGCUUGUUAUAAUUUUUCCUCAUAAAAGCUUUGCUGAAAACUCGAAAUAAAUUCGUUUAGAAAAGUUUCGUACAAGAACAGCAACACAUUUAAAAGAACGAGGAGUAGAUGUGAUGAUUUUUUUAUUACUUAUCAUUCACUAUUUUUAUUAUUAUACUAUAUAUUAAAAGAUUUUCAAAAACAUAUUAAUAUAAUUGCGACGACGUCAAUCUUAUCGACACUAACCAACUUACAUCUCAAGUUGUAGAAGUUUAUUAACAAUAACUUUUAAUUGUGUUCUAAUGCAAAUGGCAGAGUUUUUAUCAUUUGAAAAUUUGUUUUUGCAAAAAUUUUAGAAAAUUAAAUAAAAUAAUUUUAAUAUAUUUUUUAAUGUUUAACAUUUGCUUAAAAUACUUAUUUUUUAUCUCGUUUUUUUUUUAUUAUUUAUAAACCGUAAAAUUUAAAACUAUUGAAAUGCAAUUCUGUUAUAAUAUUUAUGUAGAAUUAUAUGAUGA